AUGUCUUUAGUGUUCCUGGGAUGUACUUGGGAUUGCAAGGUUACUGUCAAAGUACCACUUGAUGAUAAAGAUCACACGAUAUUGGCUACGUAUCAAUGCUCACAAAGUGGUUACUUCUACAAUCCUACCGUUCAAACACACAUCACCUACGAUGGAUUCACUCCCAACCCCGAUUAUCCCGUGCCUCCUGUCGUAACCUACAUGAUCGCCGUAUUUGAUAAAAUAAAUGUAGACACUGGCGGCACAAUAGAAAUUGCCGAUACCUACUAUAUAGGAGAUGUUAUCGAUAGUCUUACCGGACAAUAUGGGGAUGAAGGCAUCAGAAGCUUUUUGAAUAUUGACACAAAGGACUAUACGGAAUUUAGAUAUGAUAGCCAAGAGACCAAUGUAGCCAAUCUGGUCCAGUCGGUCCUGCAUUUUUUAGAUUAUCAUUCAGCUGUAUACGAUUCAAUUUUAUAUGCUUAUGGAGAGCUCGAUAGAAUAAUGAAUUCAGAUAUGGUUCCAGACCUAACUCCCAAGAAGGAGAUAGAUACGAGCCUCAUCGAUAUGAUAGUAGCAUUCGCGUUAUCAUUUGUAAUAGUGGAAGUCGAUCCAUUCUUGGCGCCAUUUGUGGCUGCUGUAGAUGAGACAAUUCUGGUUGCCAACGAAUUUAAAAAAAGAUGGUCGGAUGUUAUCAAUAAUGGUACAAGUUCAGUCGACCCGUCCAAAAAUCCGGUUACCAACCUGGCGGAUUUGGGAUUUAUUGAAAACGAUGCGGAAACAAAUAUGUUGAAGUCUCUGCAAUCAUUUGUAGACAGUUGUCUUGAUUCUAGCUUUGGUGAUCCAAAUUGGAUAAAUUGGAAUCAAUUUUCAGAUUAUGACGGAACGAAAACUAGUCCUACAGACAUGGGAAACGGUCUUUUCAAAAUUUUAGAAGCACAUUACGCAAGCAUCAUCUUGAACUAUUAUGAUGUCGUAGUAUGUUCCCCUGAUAGCGUUUCACGAGCCUGUGAGCCUGAUUCGUAUUGUUGCGCCGAAAACCCCAUAACUCACAACUGA